CUAAAUCGAAUGGGUUACUGUUAACUGCAGUUGGUAGGAUGAAAAUAGUCACAUGAUCCACUUCCUCUCUCUCUACAGCAUUGUAAAACGUUCAAAUCUCAUUUCCUCAGCAGUAACAAUAUCAGUGCCUCCAUCUACAACCGUCAUACUGUGUGUGUGCCUACCUGCCUGCUGUCUUGUUUGCCUCAUAGUGUUGCAGUGUACAGCAGUUGUGUCUGUGGUUUGUCUGAGUGGUGCUGCAGUACCAGAGGAAGCUAUUAGUAGACUGCUGUGGGUGAUCCCAUCCAGUCAUGACAGGUAAUUCCAGCCACGUCAAGCUAGACAACACCACCUUGGCAAUGUUUCAGAAUGUCAGGGCCAGCAUUACCAUCUCUGUCAUCUACAUGAUCGUCAGUGCCAUUAACCUGGUCGGAAAUGGCCUUUCCAUGUGGCUGCUCAUCUUCCGUACCUCCCCCAAGACCCCCUCCAUCAUCUUCAUGAUUAAUCUCACCUUCACUGACUUGGCCCUCGGCAGCGCCCUGCCCUUUCAGAUCGCCUACCAGCUCAAAGGAUACAACUGGACUCUGGGACCCGAAAUGUGCAGUUUCCUGACCCUUGUCUUCUACACCAAUAUGUACUGUUCCAUUCUGACUAUGAUGGCCAUCGGAAUUGACCGCUACCUGGGCAUCAUCAGGCCCAUGCGGUUCAGAGAGACUAGGAAGAGGAAGUCCAUCGCUGUCUUCAGCUGCCUCCUCAUGUGGGGUUUGGUCCUGUGCGUUCUGCACCCACUGAUGAUAGACCUGACCUUUGAAGUUCCUGAACUCGGGAUUACCACAUGCUUCGACAUGCUGAAGACAAAAAUGCUCCCAAGCAAAUUUGCCUGGGUGGCCUUUGUUGGUGGCAUGGUGAUCGUCCUCUUCUUCCUCCCUUUCUUAAUCACGACAUUCUGCUAUCUGAGUGUCAUACACAAACUGGCCAAAGAUUCCAGGACAGCCCAGAAAAAGAGGGCGAUACGUCUGGCUGUCAUUGUGCUCCUGGUCUUCACCUUGUGCUUUGCUCCCAACAACAUCCUCCUGAUGAGUCAUGCUGUGCUGAAACUCUUCUACGGGAAGUCUCUCUACAUGGCCUACAAACUGUCUCUGUGUUUCAGCUGCCUGAACAGCUGCCUCGAUCCUUUCAUUUACUACUUUGCUUCCAAGGAUUUCAGACAAAAGCUGAGACAGAUAUUGAAUCUGCAGAGCCAUAGUAGCGCGGACUCAAUGAAGAUGGAGCAUAAAGAGAGUUUGUACUCGGCACAUUGCACCUUCGAAGGUCCGGUGAGAGAAAACAGCAAGGUGUCUUUGAUGCCGCGACACACCACGGCAUAAAGAGAAAGAACAGAGAGAGAGAAAAAAUAAGAGACAACGUGACAAAGGAAGUGAGAAAAAGAUAUUGACUGUGUUAAGGGUUGGCCUGAGCGUGUCAAGCUCUCGUACAACAUCUUACCAUUUCAGAAUCAGAUUACUUUUUAGAAAAAAUGAACAUGGACGACAUCUGAGCCUUUUUGCGAAAUUAACCAUUAGUGUUCUUGCAUUAUUCUACACUGUGUGUCAUUUCAGAGUAUGGAAAAAAAAAUGUUGUAUAUAUAUUUUAUUGUCUGCCACAAGCAUCAACAUAGUUAUUUUUGAUAAAAGAUGUAGCAUGCACAAGUGCAAAAUAAAUGUGAAUAAAAUAUUUGUAUAUAAUAAGCCUUUUUCAGAGCAGACACAGCUGAGCUUUUAGGAUUUACCAUUAUAUGUGUGUACAUGUCUCUAUAAAUGUCUGUAUACUGUGUGUGUGAAUUGCUGCAGUUGACCUUUUUACCUUUUUUAACUUGUUUGAAGUUGUCUUAUUGUAUUUGUUUUCUUCCUUCAUAAAA